AGCAUUUUCUAUAUGAAUACAUCUCUGGUUAAACCGUAGUACGUUUGGGUAACCAACAAUCCAUACAAAUUACACAUAAAUUACGUGCUCGCGCGCUAAAUUCAAAAUUACACACCAGUCCAGAUUAUACAGUUUUCUGUUUGUUAACGUUUAACAUUCAGCACAACAUUACCCAUGACUUUGUAUUGCGCAAAGAGUUUAUCGCAAUUUUAAUUUGGGUGCUGAUUGCCUCAAAACCUGCUGCCUUAAAAUUUGUAUACUUAGGGAAAUAUUGUUAAUAAAAAGUAAAGAACAAUAUAUGGUUGAACACAUACGUUAUUAUCCAAGACAUCUUUGUUUGUCAUUGUAAUUUAGUUUGUUUUCCACACAAAGAUGCUCCGAAGACCAAGAACAACAGCAAAGGUGUACACAGAGCCUACGACUGAUGAUGAUGAUUUUGAUGACAUGACAGGCAGUCAAAAAGAUGACAGUGAGGAAUUAGACGAAUGGUUACCAAAAUUAAAAGAAGGCAAAGCUAAAGAAGGAAAAACCCAAAAGGGGACAGAUGGAUCCACUGAAAAGAAAAAAGCGACCAAGAGGGUUGCCAAACCUAAAGUACCGAAACCUAAAGCAGAGAGGAAGCCGAGAGCUCCACGGGUUCCUAAAGCCAAGAAGGAGAAGCCUAAUACAGAACAACAAAAUGAAGAUACGGUGCUACUGAAGCCUGAGUCACAGCGGCAUGUGACAAUCAAAGAAGAGAGGUUGUCCAUCAACCUGAGCAGUAACAAUGUCCCAGUCCCAGAAGAUAAUGAUGACGUGCCUGACGAAGGUCCGUCAUCAAGCCAGCCUUUCUCCAAGGUGAAAAAAGAGGAGCCAGAUGACAGUUUUACCUUUGAAGAACCUGUUCAGAAGAAGCAGAAGACCUCAGAUGGAGCCCAGGGAAGACCAAUAAGACUCAAAUCCGUUGGUUCCAUAUUGGAAGACCUACAGAUGAACUGGGAUCCUAUUCGGGUUCUUUCUGAGAAGGCUGGCGUGGCACAGUGGGUGUGCAUGAACGUUGCACAACUCCUUGAGGAGGAGAACACCAUUCCCUUCAUGGUGCGCUAUAGAAAAGAGCUGAUCAACCAUAUGGAUGCUGAUGCUGUUCGAGACGUGCAGCAGACUCUUGAAGAGUUACGUUCUGUGGCAAAGAAGAGCAGAUCUGUUGCUCAGACACUAAAGAAGGAGGGAGUUCUUACUUCAGAGCUGGAAAUGGCUUUGAAGAACUGCACAACGGCUGAUGAAAUAGAACACGUGUAUGCCCCUUAUAAAAAAGGAAGUAAGUUGUCCAAGGCCCGGCGAGCAAAGGAGCUUGGAUUGGAACCUGUUGCACUGGCUCUGCUUCAUUCUCCACAGACACUGAACCUGCACGCCUCCAUCCAGCCUAACACUAAGGGAUUGUCAAGCCUGGAGGAAGUGGCCACAGGUGUGCAGGAGAUUCUGGCCUAUAUGAUCGCGAAGGACAAAGAAACUCUCACCUAUGUCCAAUCACUGUGUGACAGGAGUGCGGUGACCAUUCACUCAGCAGUGUCUAAAACUGCCCUGAAAGAACAGCAGUCACAGCAGGCCGAUCAGAAGAGCAAACCAAAGGACAUUGCAAAGUUCAGCCUGUACACAGACUUCACCUGCGACGUCCAGCGCAUCCAGCACCAUCAGACGUUAGCCAUUAACCGUGGGGAGAAUCUGAAGAUUCUGACAGUGAAGGUCAACAUCCCCGACUGGGUGAAGAAUGACUUUUGUAGGUGGUGCGUCAACGUCAGGUGGAGGCCACAGGGAUAUGCACAGCCGGAGCUAAUGUCUAUUUUGAAUAAUGCAGCUGAAGAUUCCUACAAGAGGCUCAUUAUUCCUUUCCUCAAUCGAGGAUACAGGACAAAGUUGACUGCUGGUGCAGAAAAAGAGUCCAUCGCCAUGUUUGUUCGUAAUCUGCGUCAGCGUCUCCUGAUGUGUCCUGUGCGUGGGAGAGUCAUCAUGGGAGUGGAUCCAGGAUUUUACCACGGCUGCAAACUGGCAAUCCUGUCCCCCACCAGUCAGAUUGUGCACACAGAUGUGGUGUACCUCCAUGGGCCCGCUAAAGAGAGAGAGGCAGAUAAACUGCGUCAUCUUAUGUUCAAAUACAGCUGUCAAACCAUUGUCAUAGGAAAUGGCAAAGCAUGCAGGGAAACUGAGGCCUUCUUCGCGGACCUAAUUAAACAGCGCUUCUUUAGCCCUAUGGAUGUGUCCUACUGCAUAACAGAUGAAGCAGGCGCGUCCAUCUACAGCGUGAGUCCUGAGGCCGUUAAAGAGAUGCCUGACAUGGAUCCCAAUUUAAGGAGCGCAGUGUCCAUUGGGAGGCGUGUUCAGGACCCUUUAGCAGAGCUUAUUAAGAUCGACCCAAAACAUAUUGGCAUUGGCACCUACCAGCACGACGUGUCACAGAGUUUGCUGAGGGCAGCGCUGGACGGGGUGGUACAGGAGUGUGUGAGCUUCGUGGGAGUGGACAUCAACAUCUGUUCAGAGACGCUGAUGAGACAUAUAGCAGGUCUGAAUGCAGGGCGAGCACGCAGUAUUAUGGAGUGGAAGGAAAAGAACGGUCCUUUUUUUAACAGAGACCAGCUAAAACUGGUCAAAGGCCUCGGUCCUAAGAGCUUCCAGCAGUGUGCCGGCUUCAUCAGGAUAAACCCAGAGACAGUACGCAGUAUCGACUUUGGAGGGAAUGAAGACCCAGAGGUUACUCAAAAGCAAACAGCUGAGAAGAGAAAAGUCAAGGGCUCUGCUAACAUCUCGAACGACUUUAACCCACUGGACCAAACCUGCAUCCACCCUGAGUCCUACAGCAUCGCCCUGAGGUUUUUGACUCAAGUAGCGGGCAGAUUGGAUCAAAUGGGCAGUUCUGCGCUCAGGCAGAGCAUUGAGAGCAGUGUGAGGAGCAGUGGUCUGGAUGUCUUGGCCAAAUCUCUCAACACUACACCUGAGACUCUACAGCUCAUUGUGGACGGACUCACUCAGCCACCUGGAUUUGAUAUUCGUCAAAAUUUCGAGCAGGCAGAUUUCAAGAGAGAAGUUGUGUCCAUGAAUGACCUGCAUGAUGGCAUGGUGCUGACGGGCCGUGUUACAAACACUGCAUUAUUUGGAGCCUUCGUAGACAUUGGAGUUGGACGUUCUGGUCUGAUUCCAAAACGCUUCAUCACUCCGGAGAAACUUCCUGUUGACCAGAGACGAAGAAGCCUAGCUCUCGGUCCAGGUGAGCGUGUAGAGGUACGGGUCAUGAAUGUGGAUAUUCAAAGGAAUCGGAUCACUCUGGACCUCAUUAGGGUUCUUAGAUAACUGUUUAUUAAGGGUUUAAAUGUAGUUAUUAUUACAUACAUAUUGUAUUUGUUUAUGGAAAAUUAUGCUUUCCCAUUGUUUGAUUGUGGAAUGUGCUGAAUUAAAACAAAUUUUAUUUGCACUUUAAUGCAAAUACAAGAUCAGUGUGUAUGAAGUAAUGGUAGGUUAAUAUCAUGUUUCUUUCCAUAUAUGGUGCCAAAAAUGCUGUUUUUGUUCAUUUACUUUGACCUGCUGUUACUGUAGUUUUCAAG